AUGAGUUCACAGGAAGAGGAUACCCAGGAGCCUCAGCUAGAAACUUUGCAGCAGGUAGCAGUCAGAAUAAUUCAGAGGGCCUGGAGACGAUAUGUGUCAAGGGAGAUCUUCAAGUAUUUCAAAAUGGUAAUCCUCCAUUGUGACCAGCAGAAUCCACAGACAAUCCUCAAGAGUGUCAAUCCCCGUGAGGCAGAACUGCUGGAUGCUGCCGCUGGAGUCUUCAUCAGAUUUCGACUUGGUGGGAUCACUUUCCCUCCAAAUAUUUAUUACAAGAUAUUUACCUAUCGGCCUGUUGUGGAUUUAUGCGCAACCAGCCCAAAGGGCUACACCCAGCUAGGAUGUAAGAAGGCUGUGGAUCAGAAGACCAGCUGUGGAUCUGCGACUAAGCAGGAAGACCGAUCCGGUCGGUACCAGCGAAUGGAUUACAACAGCUGGAGGCUGUUCUGUUGCAAGCUGGUGACUGUGGAUGAGCCUGCAGAGAUCGGUGCUGACAAAAAGAAGGACUUCCAUUAUUCGAGAUUGCAGCGAAAACAGGAUGUGGGCAGGUGGAGGAAAAGAAGGAAAAUCGAGUGGCUGAAGCAGAUGUAUAACCAUGGCCGCCUGCAGGCUCGUUCAGAGGACAAAAACAUGGCCACCCUGGUGGAAAACGCAGCUCAGGAAGUGAUGGACACAGUAGAUAAAAAUGGAGAUGACGAAAUACUGGAUUGGGAGCUGGACGAGCUCCUGGCCUGGACCAACACGCUCAACUUUGAGGAGUAUUUGCAGGAGUGGAAACAUCUGGCCUGCAGUCACUCAUCUGAGCUUAGCAAA